AUGUCUGGCUUUAAGAACGAUACUUUCGAUGACCGCGAUACUGAUCAUCUAAAGUAUCAAGGGAGCAGCUGGUUUCUAUCGGGUUCUUGGAACGCAAGCAAUGUUGGAACGACGGGGACGCUCUCAUCAACGAACGGUAUUAAUGACACUGUUACUUUUACGUUUCCUGAACCUGCCAUUGCUUUCUACUACUUUGGAAUUCCACGCUGUUGCGGUGGUCAAUAUGGGAUAUGCAUUGACUGCGACCCCAACAAACCAAACUUCAUAACAAUAGACGCCGUCAACAUCACCGACGACGGACACAACCCUCCGAUUGUAUUAUUCUCACAGAGGUUCACCACCCCAGGCAUACACGAGAUUAUCAUUAAAAACGAACCAGACCUUCGGUUCGACGGACGUUCGCAGCUCACUAUCGACGGAAUUGUACUCGAAGUGCCAGAUCCUUCAGCUGGUUCUUCUUCUUCUUCAUCUUCCUCGUCCUCAUCAACAACCUCUUCCUCCUCGACUUCCACAUCAAAUGCCCCAUCCCCAUCCCCAUCCACCGCACCCAGCACCUCUCCACCAAUCGGCGCCAUCGUCGGCGGCGUCCUCGGAGCACUCGCCUUCCUUCUCGCCAUAAUAGUACUCGCCUUUUGGAUCCGCAUACGCCGACGGCGUGCUCGAGAGACUGACAACCUCGCUGAAUCCGGCGGGCCCCGCCCAACCUUCGUCCAGCCCUUCAGCCCUGCAACAAACUCCUCGUUCUCAGCACCGACGCUGUCCACUUUCAUGUCUCCCACAGAAACCACCGUCUCCGCGUGGAACACCACAUCUGCAGCUGCGAGUAGUGCGGGCACGAGCACCAAUCGUCGCGGGCACCACGGGCACCAUGCUCGUGGCGGAGCAAGCCAUGCGGCGUUCCAGUCCGUAUCCACUUUCUCCGACGCCACGUCCUCCUCACGCGUAGGAGGAGGCGGGGCUUCGAGUUCCGCAUCAGGGCCCACUGUAGGACCGCGACGAGAGCGCGAUGCUGGACCGGCGCCUGUUGUGGUGGAAGAGGCAGAGGAGGAGGAUGUGCUGCCCCCGGAUUAUGGUGAUGUGUUUGCACCAAGUCGGAGGGCGUCGGCAGCGGCGGCGGCGCAGCAGCGACAUGGAGGAGGAGGGGGUGUAGGAAGCGGCGGAAGCACUGUGUCAUCAGCCUCUGGCGGUCUUUCGCCUCUACGAAGGAAAACAUAA